GACACCUGCAGCAAAUCUCAGUCGCACACCUCGUGUUUUUAUUUAUUUAUUUUUUGCACUAACUUCAUGAGCCGAUACUAGAGAAGUGGAACAAAUCACCCAGUAUUAGCUGAUGAGGUGCAGAGACUGAAAUCCACACAAAGUAUUCGGCACAGAACAAAAUUCCUGUGAAAGUACCAGAUCUGCGCUUUAUUACCGAAACUGGAUCUUUAAACACAGGGCAAGAACACCGAAGUGGGACAGAAGUGAGAUCCAAGGCAAGCAACUGGGAGCAGAUGUCCGGCAAGACCCGGGAGACUUCUCUGCCCGCAGAGCUCCCAUAGGGCAUAGACAGCUAUUUUCACAAACCGUCACUGAGGCAUUAUAUAAACAUGCACAGCAUAUGACAAACACAUUAUACAUGUGACAAUGUGUUACACGAAAUGAACAUUAACAAACUGUGAACGGAAAUUAAGUGCAUUCACAUAUUCUAUUUAAAUAGUUUGGUCAUUCUUAAAAACUGCUCGGAUAAAGAUCACUAGGCUUAUCCUGGUGCAUGCACAUCUUGUACAGUCUAUAUAAAUAUUGCAUGUGCACUUUUAGCAUUCACUGAUUGUUGCAUAAACAGGGUAUUGGUUCAGAUAUAAUAUCACUGAUCACAUACAUUAUAUUAUCUAGGUGCACUUGCCCCUGCGGUGCUGUUCUGCUCUGUGCCUUUCCCCGAGGAGCUGUGCUGGAGCAAGCAUGCCCUGAAGUGCAGAAUGCAGAAGGGCGUGCGCUGCAACGAGGGCCACGCUCUGUACCUGGCCCUACUAGCCCGAAAGGAGGGUACCAAGAGGGGCUUUAUCUGCAAAAAGGCGUCUGAGACCAACAGGUGGCAUGAGAAGUUGUUUGCCCUCUACCAAAAUGUUCUUUUUUAUUUCGAAAAUGAACAGAGUGGAAGGCCCUCAGGGAUGUACUUGUUGGAGGGUUGCAGCUGUGAGCGGAUACCUCCACCUAUAGUGGCCAGUGGAAGCAAGGAAACCAUGGAGAAGCAGCACUACUUUACUGUUACUUUUGGCCAUGAUGGGCAGAAACCUUUGGAGUUGCGUUGUGAGGAAGAACCUGACCGAGAUGAGUGGGUAGAAGCAAUUCAUCAAGCAAGUUAUUCCGACAUCCUGAUAGAGAGGGAGGUGUUAAUGCAGAAGUACAUUCAUUUGGUACAAAUUGUAGAAACAGAAAAAAUUGCAGCUAAUCAACUACGUCAACAGCUUGAAGAUCAAGACACUGAAAUUGAAAGACUGAAAUCAGAGAUUGUAGCCCUCAACAAAACAAAAGAGAGAAUGCGCCCAUACCACGUCAGCCAUGAAGACGAGGAUCCAGAUAUUAAGAAGAUCAAAAAGGUUCAGAGUUUUAUGCGUGGCUGGCUGUGCAGAAGGAAGUGGAAGACUAUUGUUCAAGACUACAUCUGUUCUCCCCAUGCAGAAAGUAUGAGGAAACGUAAUCAGAUUGUAUUUAACAUGGUUGAAGCCGAGGCCGAAUAUGUGCAUCAGCUCUACAUCCUGGUAAACUGCUUUCUACGGCCACUGAGGAUGGCUGCAAGCUCCAAAAAACCUCCCAUCAGUCAUGAUGAUGUGAGCAGCAUAUUUCUCAACAGCGAAACCAUAAUGUUUCUUCAUGAAAUAUUUCACCAGGGACUAAAAGCAAGAAUCACUAAUUGGCCUACUUUAAUUUUAGCUGACUUAUUUGAUAUUCUACUACCCAUGCUGAGCAUCUACCAAGAAUUUGUUCGGAACCAUCAGUACAGUCUGCAAGUGUUGGCAAACUGCAAGCAGAACAGAGAUUUUGACAAACUACUGAAGCAAUAUGAAGGCAAUCCACCCUGCGAAGGGAGGAUGCUAGAGACUUUCCUUACCUACCCCAUGUUUCAGAUCCCUAGGUAUAUUAUAACGCUUCAUGAACUUCUGGCGCACACGCCUCAUGAGCAUGUAGAGAGGAAAAGCUUAGAGUUUGCACAGUCAAAGCUAGAGGAGCUGUCAAGGGUAAUGCACGAUGAAGUGAGUGACACAGAAAAUAUUCGCAAAAAUCUCUCUAUUGAGAGAAUGAUAGUUGAAGGCUGUGAUAUAUUACUAGAUACUAGCCAGACAUUUGUACGGCAAGGUACCCUCAUUCAAGUUCCUUCAGUAGAAAGAGGGAAGCUAAGUAAAGUUCGCCUAGGACCUUUGUCUUUGAAAAGAGAAGGGGAAAGACAAUGCUUUCUAUUUACAAAGCACUUUUUAAUAUGCACCAGAAGUUCAGGGGGCAAGUUGCACUUACUGAAGACAGGUGGAGUUCUUUCCUUAAUAGAGUGCACCUUGAUUGAAGAAACAGAUUUGAGUGACGAUGACACAAGAGGUUCAGGCUAUGUCUUUGGCCACCUUGAUUUUAAGAUUGUGAUAGAACCAAUAGAUGCUACUCCUUUUACUGUGGUUCUCUUGGCACCUUCACGGCAAGAGAAAGCUGCUUGGACAAGUGAUAUCAGCCAGUGUAUAGAGAACAUAAGGUGUAAUGGACUGAUGAGCAACGUGUAUGAGGAAAACUCCAAAGUAACAGUACCUCACAUGAUCCGAUCUGAUGCUCGGCUGCAUAAAGAUGAUGUUGAUAUCUGCUUCAGUAAGACACUGAAUUCCUGCAAAGUUCCUCAGAUUCGCUAUGCAAGCGUGGAGCGUCUCUUGGAAAGACUGACUGAUCUUCGCUUCCUUAGCAUUGACUUUCUCAACACGUUUUUGCACACUUACCGUAUAUUUACAACUGCAUUUGUUGUACUAGAAAAGCUUGCGGAUAUAUACAAAAGACCUUUUACUUCAAUUCCUGUCAGGUCUUUGGAACUAUUUUUUGCUUCUAGCCAAAGUGUGAAUGACGGAAAGUCACCGCACCUCUGUCGGAAAUUCUCUUCUCCUCCACCACUGUCUCUUUCCAGAACAUCGUCACCUGUGAGAGCCAGAAAAUUAUCACUCAACUCUCCAUUAAACUCUAGAAUUGGAGCAUUGGAUUUAUCUACUUCGUCCAGUGCUAGUAGCCCUACUUCAAUAUUCAGCCCUGCAACAUCUCCACCACCGAGUGGUAGUAAAGUACCUCUUGAUCUCAGUAAAGGUCUUUCAUCACCAGAGCAAAGCCCAGGAGGCAUUGAUGAGAAUUCAGAAAACCCUCGCAUAGAACUGUGUAACAAGCUACGAAGAAGCAUUAGAAGAGCUGCAGUGCUAGAGUCAGUGUCACUGGACAGGGCCAUUCCCGAGACUGGACAAGCAACAGACACUGCAGAAAAUUCUCCGUGCAGAUCUCCCUCAACUCCGCGCCACCUCAGAUACCGACCACCAGGAGUGCAGACUUCUGACAACGCUCGCUGCUGUUCAGUGUCUCCUGCCUCUGCUUUUGCCAUUGCCACAGCUGCAGCAGGACACGGAAGUCCACCAGAAUGUUCGAGCAAAGUGAGAGGCAAAUUUGGUUUUAACAACAUGGAGCGGAUGUGUGACAAAGAGUUUAUAAUACGCAGAGCAGCUACAAACAGAGUAUUGAAUGUUCUCCGUCACUGGGUCUCAAAGCAUUCGCAGGAUUUUGAGUUACAUCAUGAAGUGAAGAUGAAUGUUAUUAAUUUGUUGGAAGAUGUUUUGCGUGAUCCAGACCUCCUGCCCCAGGAGAGAAAAGCUGCAACUAAUAUACUAAGUGCCCUUUCUCAAGAUGAGCAAGAUGAAUGCCAUUUGAUUCUGGAAGAUAUAGUUACAAUGCCAGAGUGGCCCAGUUUCGAGUGCCUGGAAACUUUAUCUGCAAUGGAACUGGCCGAGCAGAUAACUCUCUUAGAUCACAUUGUCUUUAGAAGCAUACCAUACCAAGAGUUUCUUGGCCAGGGCUGGAUGAAGCCAGAUAAAAUUGGGAGGACGCCAUACAUUAUGAAAACUAGCCAACAUUUUAAUGAUAUGAGUAACCUGGUUGCCUCAAAAAUCAUGAGCUAUCCUGAUGUCUCGUCAAGAGCCAGUGCCAUCGAGAAGUGGGUGGUCGUGGCAGACAUUUGCCGCUGCUUGCACAACUACAAUGGAGUGCUGGAAAUCACAUCAGCCUUGAACAGAAGUGCAAUAUACAGACUCAAAAAGACUUGGGCUAAAGUCUCUAAACAAACAAAAGCACUUAUGGAUAAGCUUCAAAAGACUGUCUCAUCAGAAGGAAGGUUUAAAAAUCUUAGAGAAACUCUCAAAAAUUGUAACCCUCCUUCUGUGCCCUACCUUGGAAUGUACUUGACGGACCUUGCAUUUAUUGAAGAAGGCACGCCAAAUUUUACAGAAGAAGGCCUUGUAAAUUUUUCCAAGAUGCGAAUGAUAUCGCAUAUUAUUAGAGAAAUACGUCAGUUCCAGCAGACUCCGUAUCGUAUAGAACAUCAGCCAAAGGUCACUCAGUUCCUUUUGGACAAAUCUCAAAUUCUGGAUGAAGACACUCUGUAUGAAUUAUCUCUAACGAUUGAGCCAAGACUCCCAGCAUGAAGUGUCUGACCGCGUGUGUCUUGAAGCAACACAGUGCUUUAAGUUCACAAACCAAAUUAUGCAUGCUAUGCCUAGCAGAAAGCAAGGGGCAAAGGGAGCCCCCCUUCAUGAGAAGCAGACAGUGCCCCAGGUGCACAGAAAUGCCUUUUAAACCACUAGUGAAAGAAUAAAAGCCUUAAAAGUUCAGAAUAAAGGCUGGGCGCUUUGUGUUUGUGUGAUUUUCUACUAAAGGAGGAUUCCCCGAGAAUGUAUUGUGGAAUAAGUACUGAAGGUUUAAAUACAGCGAGAAUGCCAGGGUUUUCAGAAACCUAACACUCUCUGAACUAUGGGGAUGUUAUGUUGGAAAUAUGGUGAUAGGACAUACUAAAUACGCACUAAGUGUGCGUUACGCUUCACUGUGUACCCACGAAUUGCACAACCAGAAUGACUUCAGUAUCUUUUAGUAUGGUGUUUUGUGAAAAUGUUGCGGCAUGGAGCCCUAAUGCUAUGACGAGGUGAGGACAAGUGGAUUUACAAGAAAUAGGUGCAAGUUACAGUUCACUGUGUAUCCCAUGACUGCACAAUCUGAAUGUUUUCCAAUGAUUUAACUGCCCAUCAGGAAGCCUAAUCACUCAGACGUCCAUAUCUUCAACUUGAGUUUUGUGAUAACAGUUAAGUUGCUGCAUGGGUCCCUGACAUCAUAAUGCCAUAAACAGAACAAUAAUAUAGAUUUACAAGCACAUCAAGACAUCAUAUUUUAUUAGAUCUUAUGUGUUUUGACUUAUGUACAUUUAUAUAAAAAAAUACGACCAUUGAGCUUUUGCCUAGUGUUUAAGAUAUUUAUUUUAUGCAGCUUUUCUAAGGCUCUCAGGCCAGCAGAAACUUAAAGCAUUAUUUUUUGUAAUGCAUUUACAGUACUACUGAUACAGAUGAUACUUGGAUACAAUUAUAAGGUCUGCAAAGGUCCAGAAAAGUUAGUUGUGACUUCUCAUUUUUCCUUUGAUUUACUUGAUCUGCUCUUAUAAAUUUCUACUUAAGUUCAUCAUCAAAACUGUGUAAUUAUAUAUUGUAUAUAAAAUAUAAUGUAUCAAAUGAGAGAGAUCCGAUGGUUAUACUAAGCUAAAGAGAAAGCUGAUAACUUUAGAUACGCUAAGACGUGAACAUUCACAUGCACGCUACAGUUUGAUUUGAGAACCUUACGUUUUAUCAAGGUAGGUCGCUUGCAGCUGAGCCUCCCUUUUUUGUCUACCCGAUACGAAUAAGCUUUGUUUACAUUUAUUUCAUAUUUAGUUUUGCAUGUUGUUUUAUAAGUACAGUUAAAAAGGGUUCACAUUUAUAAUGGACACUUUAUUUCAAAAAGGUUCAAGAAAAGUAAUUCUGUGAAUCGGUUCUGCAUGAUAUCUACAUUCAUGAUUUUUAUACAAUAGUGAACACAUUGCAUGAUGGCACAUGGCAGUUAUAAAAAGGAGUCAUAAAAAGGUUCCCUUGUUUCUGCGCAUGAUAUAUUUAUCAUGAGAAAUGCACACUUUAUUUAGCGCUGCAGAAUCUGUUGGCGCUCUACAAAUAGCUGAUAAUAAUAAUAAUGCAUCAUUGAUUAUUUCACAUCUGUUAAAUAUUAGGAAACCCAGAGAAACAUUUUGAUAUUGUUGAAAUAGUUUACUAUGUAAGCAUUUUCUUAAAAAAAUAAACAAAAAAAACUGUAACGGUUGGGACUUGAUCAAACUAAUAUAUAAUAACUAUUUUAUAUAAUAUGACGCGCAAGUUGUUUUGCACCAUAAAAUGUUACAACAUGUGAUUCCAAAGGGGUUAACAAAUUGUUAAAGUCAACGUCAGAGAAACAAUUCAAGACUGGGACCUGGCUGAACACAUCAGGUGAGUAAAUGACAGACAAUUGCACAGGGCCAGCCUGGGAUCAAAAAUAGGCCCCAGCAUUUUAAGGCAGAGCAGCCACUCUCCCCUUUGUUAUUUAACCAUACCCAAAAAAAUGAUAACUAUAAUGUACUAAUUUAUUUUGCUAAAUAUUUGAAGUUUGUAACGCCCUUAUGUCACUAUUUUGUAAAUUGGUUGCCAUUCAAUAGUAAAAAUUGUAAUGUAAUAAAAAAACAGAAGCUAUUGAAGUUUGCAUUUAAAUAAAGAAUAACUGCUUAUUGCUUA